GUAGUUCGUGGCAGUUCGUGGGUUCUUGUUCGUAUUGUUCGUAGCAGUGCGCAGCAGUGCAAGCAAUCUGAGACGUCGUCCGAGGUACCGAUAGGAUUGUCCCAAGUCGAUUCUGUGACGAAACAGUCUUCUUACAAAAAAAGUAAACAACAUGGCACGUACCAAGCAGACCGCGCGUAAAUCUACGGGAGGUAAAGCUCCUCGGAAGCAGCUCGCUACUAAAGCGGCACGUAAAAGUGCACCGUCCACCGGUGGUGUCAAGAAGCCGCAUCGUUACAGACCUGGUACUGUGGCUCUUCGAGAAAUCAGAAGAUAUCAGAAAUCUACCGAGUUGCUGAUCAGAAAAUUACCGUUCCAACGUUUGGUUCGUGAGAUCGCGCAAGAUUUCAAGACCGAUCUUCGUUUCCAGAGUGCGGCUAUCGGAGCUUUGCAAGAAGCUUCGGAAGCUUAUUUAGUCGGUCUGUUUGAAGACACUAACUUGUGCGCGAUUCAUGCGAAACGCGUAACAAUAAUGCCUAAAGAUAUCCAAUUGGCAAGAAGGAUCCGCGGAGAACGUGCUUAAGCACGAUUCAUUAUUACCACCGGAUCUCCAAUCUCUUUUUUCCUUUCUCAAAUUUGCGUCAUUCUCACAUUCUACAUAUAUACGUCUCAGAUACGCAGAUGUUCUCCAAGGAACGAGAAAAGUUCAUCACAUCGGUCGAGCUGACAAACCAGUUUCUCUGUUCUUCUCUUUGUCUCUGAUAAUUUUCUCAAAUUCGACGUCUAUCAGUGUGUUGUACACGUGAACACUGCCAAGUAAUUAAGUGUUACGAGGAUAGACAGAGCCAAAGUAGGUAUCUAUCCGUCGUAUUACGUAGUUUUUAGAACGGUUACACUUAUAAAUUUAAUGUUAGGACAGCGAGGGAAGGAUACGCGUAUCAUACAUAUAAACGGAUCACGUUUGAUUUAUUAUCGUAUUUCACAAUAGUCUGCAACGUUCACGCACGCACGCGCGCGUAAAUACAAAAAAGUAGACACGGUCACAGUAAAACCAUACAAGGUAUAGUCGUAAUAAACGUUGAGAUAACAGUUUUUGAACAAUUUUGUACGUUGCUGUAAAAGCUUCGAGGGUGUGGACGAAUUUAUCUCUCAUGUACGUCGCGUAUUCAUAUACACACAUACACUCUGUGUGUGUGUGCGUGUGCGUGUGCGUGUGUGUGGUAUUACAUACUACAAGGCAGAAGACAGCUACUCAUAGGAAAUUGAUUAACGCGUAUCGUAGGUGGUGUUUCCUUUGUCUCGUUAGUUAGUUACUCAUGUAUGUAGAAGGUUGAAAUCGAUUCACAUUCAUACACUAUAAUCUACGUUUUCACGACAUUUAAUCAUAUCUCCAACAAGUAUGGAAUCAUUUCUCGUACAACUAAUUCUAUAGGUAUUAGUAUUAUUUAAUAGCUGAUAAAAAUCGUAACGUGAUGACUCGCGCGACACGUAAAAUUAAUGUGUAAGCUGAUGCAAUUUUGUAAUAAAUAAUAUUUGACCAAAUCGUCUUACUCGUA